UAUAAACAAAAAUGUCAAAAGUGUCUAGCAAGCAACAAACCCUAUAAAAUAGAGCCAAUCAAAUGUAGAACGUGUAGGAUGACCAAAGAACAGUGCGGAUGUCCGAGACCAGAACACAAAGAUCCCAAAUCUUUUCAUAAGAAGGACUUGUGUGAGAGAUGUUUGGCUGGAAAUACUUGUACCUGGUCAAAGUACCGCGACAUCGCCUCGAUCGAUGACGAAGAGGAGGACUUCUAUGAUAAUGACCAGGAUGAUGACUACUAUAAUGGCUACGAAGAGGACAAUAAUUAUUAUGAAGAAGAUUAUAACGACGAUGAAGAUGACAGAAACUUUAACGACGAUGAAGAUGACAGAGCUUAUGAAGCCUGGCUACAACAGUUUGAAGAAGACUUUGAUAUCUAAUGUAGUGUUAAAAACUCACUGUGUGGUUCCUGGCCUUUGGCUGAUUACUUUCUUGUUCGUGUAGUCUCCCUGUAGGCGUGUCUAAAGUAGUUCUAGAGCAGUUCUGUGAAUGAUGGUUCAGUUGUAGUUCUAGAGCAGUUCUGUGAAUGAUGGUUCAGUUGUAGUUCUAGAGCAGUUCUGUGAAUGAUGGUUCAGUUGUAGUUCUAGAGCAGUUCUGU